AUGGCCAACUGUAGACAACCUCCUUCACACCAUCUGAUCUACCUUGUCCUCUUCACAAAAGGCUCUGAAGACAUCAUGAACCCACUGGAGGUAGCACCCAAAUCCUAUGUUAUUCAUGAUUCUCAAAAGAUAAUAUGGGUCCUGAGUGGAAAUUCUUUAACAACACUUCCUUUUAGCAGAAAUGUUAAGCCUGUUACUCUUGAUUUAAUAGCCUGUAGAGACACAGAAUUUGGUGAUGAGAAAAAGGGUAAUGUAGUUUACCCGGGAAUCAAGGGAAAAGAGUUCUGUGUCUUCUGUGCAGAAAUUCAGGGCAAGCUUAUUUUGCAGCUUAACGAGAAAAAUAUCAUGGACCUGUACAUGGAGAACAAAGCAGAGAAGCCCUUUCUCUUUUUCCACAAUAAAGAAGGCUCCACCUCUCUCUUUCAGUUAGUCUUUUACCCUGGCUGGUUCAUAGCCCCCUCCUCCACAUCACGACAGCCCACCAUUCUAACCCAGGAGAGGGGCAAAACUAAUAACACUAACUUCUGCUUAUAUUCUGUGAAUUUAAUUCAGCCUAAACUGUGGGUGGCUGAUUCCAGGUUAGAAAAUUAA